AUGACUUAUAUCAAAAUUAAAUAUAAGCGCCUUUAUUUAAUUAUCGUAGUUCUCAUUGCGGUAUUUAUUGCCGUUAGUUAUGCCUAUCCAACUCCUGAACUGAACAAUUCAAUCAGCAUUCUUCAAAAAAGACAAGAUCCCGGUGGUAAAAAACCACCAAAAGAGCCCGAACAACCAAAAGAGCCUGAGCCACCAAAAGAACCCGAACCACCAAAAGAGCCUGAGCCACCAAAAGAGCCUGAACCACCGAAAGAGCCCGAACCACCAAAAGAACCUGAACCACCAAAAGAGCCCGAACCACCAAAAGAACCCGAACCACCGAAAGAGCCUGAGCCACCAAAAGAGCCACCAAAAAUACCUGAACCGCCAAAAGAGCCACCAAAAGAACCUGAACCGCCAAAGGAACCUGAGCCACCAAAAGAGCCACCAAAAGAGCCCGAACCACCAAAAGAACCCGAACCGCCAAAAGAACCACCAAAAGAGCCUGAACCGCCAAAAGAACCUGAGCCACCAAAAGAGCCACCAAAAGAACCCGAACCACCAAAAGAGCCAGAACCACCGAAAGAACCUGUACCCGAACCACCAAAAGAGCCUGUGCCACCAAAAGGAUCCAAACAUCCAAAGAAGCCCAAACAUCCAAAGAAACCAAAACAUCCAAAGAAACCCAAACAUCCAAAGAAACCAAAACAUCCUAAGAAACCCAAAUGUGUACAACAUGAUGACUGCUGA